CUGGCAUUGUAAUGAAGCUCGUCAUGAUACACCAACCCUUACUGCGGCCACUUGCUUAUUGAAUACAAACUAUCGGGUGUCCGGGAGUCUGAUGUUCGAAUUAUGGCGAGCAAUUUUCACAUACUUCCUCUUGAUCCUCCAUUUGAUGAAGAUGUCUUCCAAACCCUUAACACCAAGACAAAUGAUGCGCCAUCAGCAAAUAAGGCAGCAAUUACCAAACAGCCUUUUGAGCUACUUCUCCCAGCCUCAUAUCGCGAAGGAUAUGAAAUUGUAAAAGUCCCCACUGGAGAUCUUUCAGGUUACUUACAGGGAGACCUUGGUGUUGAAAGGCUCAACAGAAUCGACAGUUGUCUUUGGUUUGCAGGAAGACCAAUGCCACCAAGGCCUUUGAAUUACCAGAUAGCCAUCUGCCGCAAUAUUGUUGUUGACGAGAGGAUGGAUAUGCACCUUGUGUGGGAGAAGACCCGCAUAAUGCAUUUCAAACCCAUUCCUCGAUACUUGCUCAACUACAACUUCUGGAAAGACCACCUUUGCUGCUCGGAGGGACUUAGCAGGGAGCAGAAUGUUUGCCCACGGAGGGAGCUUUAUAAAUGUGCCAUGGGCUUCUUACUCUCGUACGCUGCACUGAUUCAGUACGAGAGUGAUUUCCAGAUUGCCCAGCACCGUCAUUUACUUCCCACGGAGAUUAGCUGGGAGAUAUGGGUCAAGUUUAUUGAGCAAGUACUGGCCCGAAAGGACUUUAAAAACAUCAACCGACGAUACCGGUUCGGUGAACUGAGGUUGUCUCGUCUCAAUAAAAUCUACGCCAUUCGUCUAGGGUAUAUUCUGCGGGGCUACAGAUUCCCAUAUCAGACCUAUACGGAGCUGUUCCAGGACUACCUCGCCCCGAUUGCCGCAGCCACCGUCUAUAUUGCGGUAGUCUUAACAGCAAUGCAAGUUGGGCUUGCUACAGAAAAUCUUAGUAGAAAUAAGUCCUUCCAGAACGCCUCAUAUGGUUUUACGGUUUUCUCUAUUCUUGCACCCCUCAUCCUCCUUAGUUUGGUUGCUUUUAUAUGGUUCCUUGAACUUGUCAGUAAUAUCUAUGUCACGUGGAAAUUCAAGAAGAAAAGAUUCCGGCAGUUGGAGCUGAUGGAUGGCGGCUAG